AUGACACCUCCCAGAAAUGGGCGGGUCUUGCAGGAAGUUACACCUAAAUCCAAGGCUUACUAUGGUUGUUCUCCAGGAUCAAAAUGUAACUGCAGUGGUAUAAAAGGAGAAAAGGGGGAUAAAGGACUUCCAGGUUUGGAGGGUCAUCCAGGUUUGCCUGGAUUUCCAGGUCCUGCAGGGCCUCCAGGGCCUCUGGGUCAAAAGGGUGAUGAUGGAAUUCCAGGACUACCAGGACCAAAAGGCAUUAGAGGUUCUCCUGGACUUCCUGGCUUUCCAGGGACCCCUGGUCUUCCUGGAAUGCCAGGCCAUGAUGGAGCCCCAGGACCUCAAGGUAUCCCUGGAUACAAUGGAACCAAGGGAGAACGUGGAUUUCCAGGCGUUCCCGGUUUUCCUGGUUUUCAGGGGCCUCCAGGUCCUCCUGGUAUCAAAGGUAUGAAAGGAGAACCAGGUAGUUUAAUUAUGUCAACACUACCAGGACCAAAGGGUAAUAGAGGAUAUCCUGGUCCUCCUGGAAUACAAGGCCCAGCUGGUCCCCCAGGUAUGCCAGGAUCAAUUGGUCCUCCCGGACCACGAGGUUCUGUGGGUUUUCCAGGUCCACCAGGAUUUCCAGGACAAAAAGGCAGUAUGGGCUUAAAUUUCCAGGGACCCAAAGGUGAAAAGGGUGAACAAGGUCUUCCAGGUGAACCUGGACCACCUGGACAUAUUAGUGAACAGAAGAGACCAAUGGCUAUAGAUUUUCAGAAAGUUGAUAAGGGACUACCUGGUGAGCAAGGACCCCCUGGUCCUCCAGGAAGACGUGGUCCUCCAGGCCCUGCAGGUGGUGUAAAAGGUAUGAAAGGUGAACAAGGAGAACCAGGCAAAAGAGGCAAAUCAGGAAAAGAUGGAGAGAGUGGGCAGCCAGGAAUUCCAGGUUUUCCCGGUGAUCCUGGUUACCCUGGUGAGCCAGGGAAGGACGGAGAAAAGGGCCAAAAAGGUGACAUAGGUCCAACUGGGACUCCUGGACUUGUAAUUCCCAGGUCUGGGACAGAUACAUAUGUAGGAGAAAAAGGAAGCAUUGGAUCACCUGGCUUACCUGGAGCAAAGGGAGAAAAAGGACUUCCUGGAAUACAGGGUCUAGUUGGUCCUCCUGGACCUCCAGGAACUGCAGCUCUGGGUCCUCCUGGCCCCCCUGGACUGCCUGGAGAAAAGGGUCAUAAAGGUGAACGUGGUCUGCCUGGAAUUUCUAUUCAGGGUGCUCCUGGAGUGGAUGGUCAGCCUGGAACUCCUGGCCUUCCUGGUCCUCCUGGCCCUCCUGGCCCUUUCUUCCCUCCUAGUGAUGAGAUUUGCCAAUCUGGCCCUCCUGGUCCUCUAGGACCUCCAGGUGACAAAGGACUCCAAGGAGAACAAGGCGUGAAAGGUGCCAAAGGUGACACUUGCUUCGACUGUAUUGGAACUGCUAUUUCGGGUCCUCCCGGUCAGCCUGGUUUACCAGGCCUUCCAGGUCCUCCAGGAUCUCUUGGUUUGCCUGGACAAAAAGGUGAAAAGGGCCAAGCUGGUACAACUGGUCCCAAAGGAUUAACAGGAAUACCAGGGAUCCUAGGGUCUCCGGGCUUUCCUGGAUCUAAAGGUGAGCCUGGUGACAUCUACACGUACCCAGGAAUGAAGGGUGACAAAGGAGAAGUGGGUUCCCCUGGAGCUCCAGGGCGUCCUGGUUUACCCGGCACUUCUGGACAGGAUGGAUUGCCAGGAAUUCCUGGCCACAAAGGAGAACCUGGUCAAAUUGUUUCUAAGGGUGAAAGAGGUCCACCUGGGAACCCAGGUUUGCCGGGUCUUUUGGGAAACAUAGGGCCUAAGGGCUCUCUUGGCCUUGGGCCUCUAGGCCCAGUAGGUGAAAAGGGCACGAAAGGUAUGGCAGGAGAUCCAGGUCACCCAGGAUUUCCAGGUCCUAGGGGUGAUCCAGGUCAGACUGUAACCCUGCCAGGGAAACCUGGCCUACCUGGUAACUCAGGCAGAGAUGGUGAAGUAGGUCUUCCAGGUGAACCAGGACAGCCAGGCAAACCCGGCUUGCCAGGAAUACCUGGCAGCAAAGGAGAACCAGGUAUGCCUGGAAUUGGACAUCCUGGACCUCCUGGUCCCAAAGGUUUUCCUGGAAUUCCAGGACCUCCAGGAGCACCUGGGAUACCUGGAAGAAGUGGUCUAGAAGGUCCUCCUGGGCUACCGGGCUUCCCAGGACCAAAGGGUGAGCCAGGAUUUGCUUUACCUGGACCUCCAGGACCUUCAGGACUCCCAGGCAUCAGAGGAGCAGUUGGUCCAAAAGGAGAUCAUGGUUUCCCAGGCUCUCCAGGUCCUCCAGGACAAACUGGCUUGGAUGGGCUGCCUGGACCUAAAGGUGCCAUUGGAGAAAAAGGACGCCCUGGACCAAUAGGACUUCCCGGACUGCCAGGAACAGGUGCUCAGGGACCACCAGGCCUACCAGGGACUCCUGGACUAACAGGGCGACCUGGCUCGAAAGGAAUACCAGGAAUGAAAGGGGAUUCGGGGCCCCCGGGCUUUGAUGUUCCAGGACUCCCUGGUGAGAGAGGCCGUCCAGGGAUCCCUGGCAAACCUGGUCCUCUUGGAUCUCCAGGGUCACCGGGGCUCCCCGGCAAAGCAGGUGCCUCUGGUUUUCCAGGUACCAAAGGUGAAAUGGGUGUCAUGGGACCUCCAGGUCCACCAGGACCUUUGGGAAUUCCAGGAAGGAGUGGCAUUCCUGGUCUUAAAGGUAAUGAUGGCUUUCCAGGUGAGCCAGGACUCCCUGGCCCUGCAGGAGAAAAAGGAAAUAAAGGAGAGCCUGGCCUUCCAGGUCCUCCUGGACCAAUAGAUCCAAACCUGCUAGACUCUAAACCAGAGAAGGGGGACCCCGGGUUACCCGGUUUUCCUGGAGUUCCUGGGCCAAAAGGUUACCCUGGUUUACCUGGAGACCCAGGACAACCUGGAUUAACUGGACAGCCUGGAUUGCCAGGACAUUCUGGUCCUAAGGGUGACCCUGGUCUCCCAGGAAAUCCAGGAUGUAUGGGAUCUCCUGGACUGAAAGGGAACAUAGGUGAUAUGGGUUUUCCAGGCCCUCAGGGCAUGAUAGGGUUGCCUGGACCUUCCGGAGUUUCUGGACAACCUGGCCCCCCAGGACUAACAGGACAAAAAGGAGAAAAGGGGGAUCCAGGUGCUUCUGGCACUUGUCUUCCAGGUCUGCUUGGCCCAAAGGGUGAACCUGGUAGGCCUGGAUACCCAGGUAACCCUGGCACCAAAGGUUCUGUGGGAGUGACUGGUUUGCCUGGAAAAAAAGGACAACCUGGAGCAAAAGGGCAACAAGGCCUUCCUGGAUUCCCAGGAACCCCAGGCCUUCCUGGACCAAAGGGUAUUAAUGGUUGUACUGGGAAUCCUGGCCUUCCUGGAGAACCAGGUCCUGUAGGUGCAAGAGGUCUUCCUGGAGAACCAGGGCCUUCUGGUGUAAAAGGCCAACCAGGUCAAGAUGGUCUUCCUGGACCACAUGGACAAAAAGGGGAACCAGGUCAACCCGGCUUUGGAAUUCCAGGACCCCCUGGACUCCCAGGACUUUCUGGUCAAAAAGGUGAUGGAGGAUUACCUGGAAUUCCAGGAAAUCCUGGUCCUCCGGGCCCAAAGGGUGAACCAGGCUUUCAUGGUUUCCCUGGUUUACAGGGUCCCCCAGGCACACCUGGUCCUCCAGGCCGAACGCUACAAGGCCUGAAAGGCAAUGUAGGUCCCCAAGGUUAUCCUGGAAAACCAGGUCUACCAGGUCCAGAAGGCCCGCCAGGUCUCCCCGGAAAUGGAGGUAUUAAAGGAGAAAAAGGAACUCCAGGCCAACCUGGGCAACCUGGAUUGCCUGGCUCGAAAGGAAAUCAAGGGCCACCAGGAAUGCAGGGUGAUCCUGGUCAUCCAGGUCUCAAUGGAAUGAAAGGAGAUCCGGGUCUCCCUGGUCUUCCAGGAUUCCCAGGCAUAAAAGGACCCACAGGAGUACCUGGUUCAACUGGCCCUGAAGGGAAUCCAGGACGUAUGGGGCCCCCUGGUCCUCCUGGACUACCCGGCCCUUCAGGAAAGAGCAUUAUAAUCAAAGGAGAUCCUGGUCCACCUGGGGUCCCAGGCCAACAUGGACUAAAAGGUCCACCAGGAUUUCCAGGACCUCAAGGCUUACCAGGUCCAAUUGGCCUUCCAGGAGAACCGGGACGUAAUGGACUCCUUGGCUUUGAUGGUGCAGGAGGACACAAAGGAGACCCAGGUCUGCCUGGCCAGCCAGGUACCCGUGGCUUGGGUGGCCCACCUGGGCCUGAUGGAUUACAAGGUCCUCCAGGUCCACCUGGAACCUCCUUUUACAACCACGGAUUCCUCAUCACACGUCACAGUCAAACCACGGAAGUACCUCCAUGCCCACCAGGAACUGCCAAGGUUUACGAAGGCUUUUCUCUUCUAUAUGUACAAGGAAAUAAAAGAGCUCAUGGUCAAGACUUAGGAACUACUGGUAGCUGCCUACGUCGCUUCAGUACUAUGCCUUUCAUGUUCUGCAACAUUAAUAAUAUUUGCAACUUUGCUUCAAGAAAUGACUUUUCUUACUGGCUUUCCACCCCAGAGCUCAUACCAGUAAGCAUGGAGCCCUUGAAGGGCCAGAACAUUAAGCCAUAUAUUAGUCGGUGCGCUGUAUGUGAAGCUCCAGCUGUGGUCAUUGCAGUUCAUAGUCAAACCGUUCAAAUUCCCCAUUGUCCUCCAGAAUGGGAUUCUCUCUGGAUUGGUUAUUCCUUUAUGAUGCACACAAGUUCAGGUGCAGAGGGUUCAGGUCAAGCCCUGGCUUCUCCUGGGUCCUGCUUGGAAGAGUUUCGCUCCGCUCCCUUCAUUGAAUGUCAUGGGAGAGGUACAUGCAACUACUACUCCAACUCCUAUUCCUUUUGGUUGGCGACUGUGGAUGUGUCAGACAUGUUCAGAAUACCUCAUUCAGAAAUACUGAAAGCAGGAGACUUGAGAACACAUAUUAGCCGAUGUCAAGUGUGUAUGAAGAAGACAUAACGUUUUGAAGAAUGCUUGUGGUUUUAAACGCUGAUAUAUUAUAUAUACAUAUAGAUGUAUAUAUAAAAUUUCCAGUGUGCAUUAUCCAAAGUCCUGUA